AUGGGAGGCCGCAGCGGGCCUGGGAAAAGCGCCAGCGCACCAGGGGCGCGGCACCGGAUCGGCAGCCGGACGGGGGGAGGCCGCGAGACGGCUCAGCGGCGAGGGACUAAGGCGCCAGCAACAGGACAAGCGGGCGGGCACAAGGGCGGUCCCGUGGCACCCAAGGACGCCGACCUGGCCCCGCGGCGGGCCCUGGCAACCUCGCGGGGCUCGGGCCCCAAACACCACCAACACCGCAGUCACGACCGGCCCCCAGAAACGCUCUCCCGCACGCGCGACGACGCCACCCCCGCCACCCCCACUAGGCCGGACCCGCGCGCGGGCCUCUUCUCCUCCUCACGAGGGACCGAGAGCACUUUCGCCCAGGGACGACCACCCUCUGAAAAGCCAUCAGCGGCCCGGAGAGGGGACGACACCCAACAAGCGGCGAGGCCAGUUUCGGUCCCAAGAGAGCGGAUCGAGGACGCCACACGUGCCUUCAGCCAUCCGGUCGAGACGAGGGCAGCGGGAAGUGGGCCGGCGGCGGCGGGGAGGGGGAAGCACGGCGGGCGAGGGCCGGGAGCGCGUGGAGGGAGCCGGAUCGGGGAAGGGCACGCCAACGAAGACGCGAGCUGGGCCACCAGCGCUGGGGCCCAACCCCACGUGAACCCCCCACCGCGGGGGGCCCCAUCGGAACCUCCAUCCGUCCAGUCCAUCCCCGGCAGUCGCGACCCUGAGGGAAGCGCCCCCAGGCGAGAGCGGCCCGACCCGUGUCCAGCAACACCGCCGCCAGCGGCGACUCGGGACGGGAGCGGGCGGGCAGACAGCCGCUCGCGCGGCACGGGGAGGCGGGGCGCGCGGGGGCGCCCCCCAAGCCCCUCGGGAGACACACACACCCGCGAGGCAGCAGCCGCGCGCGCGCUCGCAACACGCACGCGUGAGAGCCCCGCACACGCGCCGGACGCCGGCCAGGCCCAGCGGGAUCCUCCCCCGACUCGGAGGGGGGAGGCGCAGGCCGCGGUAGGCAAAGAGCGGCGCUCGGCCCCACCGCGGGGCCGGCGGUCAGAUCCCUCCUUCGCAAAAGAGGAAGCUCUGCCCAACGCGCAGCGGUAG